GGGGCGGGCCGAAGUGGGGCGCAAGCGUACUGCGGUUUGAGUCUCGGGACCCCUCUCGGAGAGACUAUGGCGCUCAACAAGAAUCACUCGGAGGGCGGCGGAGUGAUCGUCAACAACACGGAGAGCAUCCUGAUGUCCUAUGAUCAUGUGGAACUCACGUUCAAUGACAUGAAGAAUGUGCCAGAAGCCUUCAAAGGGACCAAGAAAGGCACGGUCUACCUUACCCCUUACCGGGUCAUCUUCCUGUCCAAGGGGAGGGACGCCAUGCAGUCUUUCAUGAUGCCCUUCUACCUGAUGAAGGACUGUGAGAUCAAGCAGCCCGUGUUCGGGGCCAACUACAUCAAGGGCACGGUGAAGGCCGAAGCCGGAGGCGGCUGGGAAGGCGCCGCUUCCUACAAGUUGACCUUCACAGCAGGGGGCGCCAUUGAGUUCGGACAGCGGAUGCUGCAGGUGGCCUCUCAAGCCUCCAGAGGUGAAGCCCCCAAUGGAGCCUAUGGGUACCCUUACAUGCCCAGCGGGGCCUAUGUCUUUCCCCCGCCAGUCGCCAAUGGAAUGUACCCCUGCCCUCCAGGCUACCCCUACCCACCGCCCCCACCUGAGUUCUAUCCAGGACCUCCCAUGAUGGACGGGGCCAUGGGAUAUGUGCAGCCCCCACCACCACCCUAUCCUGGGCCCAUGGAACCUCCGGUCAGCAGCCCAGAUGUCCCGUCCACUCCUGCAGCCGAGGCUAAGGCUGCAGAAGCAGCUGCCAGCGCCUAUUACAACCCAGGCAACCCACACAAUGUGUACAUGCCCACGAGCCAGCCUCCGCCACCCCCCUACUACCCCCCGGAAGAUAAGAAGACCCAGUAGAGCCCGCCCACCUCCCUGCCUCCACCCUCAGGCUCUCUCCCACCUGUCCCUGGGGCAGGUCUGCUGACCAGCAGUCCCCAGGAGCUGGCCUUGCGGGAGGGGCGGGCCCGGCCUCUGGAUCCACGCCCCCAGCUGCUCCCCCAGCUCAGAGCCCAGCUCUGGGGCUCUCCUUGGGAGCACGGGCUGCCCCGUCCCUGGUUUGCUCCGGUAGCUUCUCCCCACGGCGGCGCUCUUUGGCCACCUCCUCACCGCAGUCCAGCUCCCCGGGUCUGGUAACCUCCCGCACUCUGUCCUGAGCUCCGGCAGACCUGCCCCGUGUCUUCCCCGCAGGUCCCUGCAGGCCCUGGCACCUCCCCGCGCUGGUCUGUUGUGUAGCCCGGGAAGGCCCCAUCCCGACCGGCCAGCCAAGGCCCCGCCACCCCAGCUGCCUCUCCUCCUUAGCUAUUCCGCCACCACGAGGCCACUGCGGCCGGGACGGGAGCCGCUCUGCCCCCUGCUAGCGCUCCUGAACUCUGCUUCCCGAGCGGAGCUGAGCAGUGCACGUGUCCCCCACGCCAGCCAGGCGGGCUGGGGACCAGGCCCCCGCCCCGUGUGCUGCCGAGCCCUGCGCCCGCCCCGCGGCCGCUUCCCUGCACCCCUGGAUGCACUAACAUUGCUCUCGUUUGUUCCCAGACUGGCCACCGAGUGAGGAGAUGGUUAUUUAAAGAGAAUUCCCUAUUUAUUUGACAAAAAAAAAAAAUCCAGUUAAUAUAUUAAUGUGAAGUAAACCCUGUUUGCACCUUGAUUUGUUUGCUAAAAAUGUGAAAUAAUAAAAUGACGUAA